AAUAACGUCAAUCAAAGGCAAAGCUUUUCAGAGCUAGGAAGGAGCUCUAGAUGGCGGAUGAGCCUUGGGAAGUGGAGCUGUUCAUUGGGCUUUUGUCAAGCUUUUUCUCUUUACUGAAAUCCCUCAGGAGGGGGGCUAUUUCGACAUUAAUAUUCGAAAAAGGUUAACGAUUCAUGUUAUAAUCAGUUAGAGCAUAUUUCUACGCCAUUUAUUGCUUUAUUGUGUCGUGUAAGGACGUCUUUGCUCAGCGUAUGCUCGAGUCGUUGUUUUCUCUACCCUGGGUUGGCAGCCAUGGCGCGCCUCCAUUUAUAGUGUGCUCCGUGAGGAGCCCAAGCCUGACCGUCUCUCUCGCACUGUAGUAGAAUUAACUGUCUUUUUAAAAAACAAAUACAUAUUUUUUCCUAUUUGUUUAAAGUAGUUUUUCGUUUUUGCUCAACCUUAUUUUGAUAUGUUUUCACAAUUAUUACAUAAGUAAUAUAGCGGAGGUGAAUCUAAUAUCGCAUCAUACCUUACUGUACAUGGAAUAGUAAAUACCAGGACAUAAGGUCACCUAUUCAAAGUUUCAAGAUAAAUAAUGAUGAAGAACAAGAAUAAAAAGCAAGAGGAUGAAGGUUCGACUAAAAGCAAUGCAUCAAGCAACUCGGCUUCAGAAGAAUCCAACCAUUCAGGGUCGGAAUCAGGCAGUCACUCGGAGAGUGAGCAUGGCAGCGUGAGGAGAACGUCGCACCACUCUGCUUCCAACAGCUCCUCAGAAUCUGAGAGCCACUCUGAGUCCGAAAGUGAAUCUACAGGGUCCAAGUCCCAGCAACAUUCCACUGAUGUGAAGGACAAGCCAGUUAGAAAGAAGGACAGUCUAGCAGAUGUAAAGAAGAUGUGGGAAGAACAUCCCGAUGUCUACGGAGUCAGGCGCUCAAGUCGCAGCAGACAAGAACCUGCCCGUCUCAAUAUCGGAGCUGGGGGCAGCAGUGAUUCUGAAGGUGGAAGUCCCAAACGAAAAGGACCACGGUCGAAGAAGAAAGAAAAUACCUGGAAAGAUGAUGACUCAAAUGAUGAAGAGGAGGAUGAGGAUGCCAGCAGUGCAGACAGUGAGCAAGAAGAAAAAAAAGUUAGAUCCAGACGUCUUCCUGCUAGAAGGCCUCAGACUAAAUCAACCCCUGUGAAGAAGCAGCAGCUUCAAAAAGGAAGGAAAACCAGGAAACAGGAGUCAUCCGUUGAGGAAGAUGACGAUGACGACGACGACGAUGACGACGACGACGAUGAAGAUGACACCCCAAAGAGACAAACCCGUCGCAGAGUGGCAGCAAAAGUCAGUUAUAAGGAGGACCAAAAUGAUUUUGAGACGGACUCUGAUGACCUGAUAGAGAUGGUAGGGGACGUAGCUGAGGAGCAGCAAGAUGACGACAGUGAGACCAUAGAAAAGGUCAUGGACAUCAGGAUCGGCAAGAAAGGAGUCACUGGUGCUUCCACUACUCAGUAUGCUGUGGAGGCCAACGGGGACCCUGGGGCAGACUUUGACCCAGAGAAAGAAGAGGGUGAGACCCACUACCUCAUCAAAUGGAAAGGCUGGUCCUACAUUCACAACACCUGGGAGAGCAUCGACUCUCUUACUCAGCAGAAGGUCAAGGGAUCCAAAAAACUGGAGAACUUCAAGAGGAAGAAUGACGAGUUGAAGGCAUGGUUUAGAAAAGCAUCUCCUGAGGAUAUUGAAUAUUACAACUGCCAGAUGGAACUGACCACAGACUUGAAUAAGCAGUUCCAAAUUGUGGAGCGAAUCAUUGCAACUAAAACAGGGAAGAUGCCAGGGUCCAUUGAUUUUCCCUCGCACAGUCACAAGACGGCGUCGUCGUCUGAUGAACCUGAGUACUUGUGUAAGUGGAUGGGCCUUCCCUACGCCGAGUGCAGCUGGGAAGAUGGAGCUCUGGUUCAGAAGAAGUUCCAGCACUGCAUAGAUAACUUCAGCAACAGGGACUCCAGCAAAACAAUCCCUUCCAAAGAGUGCAAGGUGUUGAAACAACGGCCUAGAUUUGUUGCACUGAAAAAGCAACCAUCUUACAUUGGAAAUGAGAACCUGGUGUUGAGAGAUUACCAGUUAGAUGGACUCAACUGGCUGGCCCAUUCCUGGUGCAGGUGCAACAGUGUUAUCCUUGCCGAUGAGAUGGGUCUUGGAAAGACCAUCCAGACCAUCUCCUUCCUGUCCUACCUGUUCCAUCAGCACCAGCUGUAUGGGCCUUUCCUGGUGGUGGUGCCCUUGUCAACACUCACCUCCUGGCAGAGGGAGUUUGAAACCUGGGCCCCUGACAUGAACGUGGUGGUCUACUUGGGGGAUGUUAUGAGUAGGAAAUCAAUCCGCGACUACGAGUGGGUAAACCACCAGACAAAAAGAAUCAAGUUCAAUGCACUUUUGACCACGUAUGAAAUUUUACUGAAAGACAAGGGGGUUUUGGGGAACAUCAACUGGGCCUUUCUGGGUGUGGACGAAGCCCAUAGACUGAAGAACGAUGACUCGCUGUUAUAUAAGUCCCUCAUGGACUUCAGGUCGAACCACAGGCUGCUCAUCACUGGCACUCCUCUUCAGAACUCUCUCAAAGAGCUGUGGUCCCUACUGCACUUCCUGAUGCCUGACAAGUUUGAAAGUUGGGAUGACUUUGACGAUGAGCAUGGGAAAGGGAGCGACAACGGCUACCAGAGUCUCCACAAGGUCCUCGAGCCCUUCCUCCUGAGGCGCGUCAAGAAGGAUGUGGAGAAGUCCCUUCCUGCCAAGGUGGAGCAGAUCCUCCGCGUGGACAUGUCAGCCCAGCAGAAACAGUUCUACAAGUGGAUCCUCACCAGGAACUACAGAGCGCUUUCCAAAGGCACUCGAGGCAGCUCCUCCGGGUUCCUGAACAUCAUCAUGGAGCUAAAGAAGUGCUGCAACCACGGUUUCCUGAUCAAGCAGCCAGAGGAGGGGGAGAACGAGACGCAGAAGGAACACCUGCAGAACCUGGUGAGGGGCAGUGGGAAGCUGGUGCUGCUGGACAAGCUGUUGACCAGGCUCCGCGAGCGAGGGAACCGUGUCCUCAUCUUCUCCCAGAUGGUGCGCAUGUUGGAUAUUCUGGCAGAGUACCUGGCCCAGAAGCGCUACCCAUUCCAGCGCUUGGACGGAUCCAUAAAGGGAGAAAUCCGAAAACAAGCCCUUGACCACUUUAAUGCUGAAGGAUCUGAGGACUUCUGUUUCCUGCUUUCUACUAGAGCUGGAGGUUUGGGGAUUAACUUGGCAUCUGCGGACACAGUGGUGAUCUUUGACUCUGACUGGAACCCCCAGAAUGACCUGCAGGCUCAGGCCAGAGCUCACAGGAUUGGCCAGAAAAAACAGGUGAACAUCUAUCGAUUGGUCACCAAGGGAACAGUGGAGGAGGACAUUAUUGAGCGAGCCAAGAAGAAGAUGGUUUUGGAUCAUCUUGUCAUCCAAAGAAUGGACACCACUGGUCGAACCGUUCUAGAGAACAACUCUGGAAAUUCAAAUUCCAACCCAUUCAACAAAGAGGAACUGACUGCCAUCCUGAAGUUUGGAGCAGGAGAUCUUUUUAAAGAGGCAGAAGGAGAGGAGUCUGAACCACAGGAGAUGGAUAUUGAUGAGAUCUUGCGAUUGGCUGAAACAAGAGAAAGUGACCAGGGAUCGAGUGCCACAGAUGAGCUCCUCUCUCAGUUCAAGGUGGCCAACUUCUCCAACAUGGAGGAGAGCGCCCCCGAGAUAGAGGGGAGGGCCGUGAAGGACUGGGACGACAUCAUCCCCGAGGACCAGAGGCGUCGGCUGGAGGAGGAGGAGAAGCAGAGGGAGAUGGAGGACAUCUACAUGCUGCCCCGCAGCAGGAGCUCCAACAAGAGGGCGCAGGCCAACGACAGCGACAGCGACGUGGGCUCCAAGCUGAAACACCGCUCGUCGGGCUCCGAGAGCGAGACUGACGACAGCGAGGACGACAAGAAGCCCAAGAAGAGGGGCCGGCCCAGAGCCCGCAAGAACAACGUGGAAGGUUUCACAGACGCCGAGAUCCGACGCUUCAUCAAGGCGUACAAGAAGUUCGGAUCUCCUCUAGAAAGACUAGAGGGCGUUGCCAGGGACUCUGAGCUUGUGGACAAGUCCAUAGCGGACCUGAAGAGACUGGGUGAGCUUAUCCACAGCAGCUGUGUGGCUGCAGUGCAAGAACACGAGGAGCACCUCAAAGAGAACCCCAGCGAAGCCAAAGGCCCUGGGAAGCGCCGAGGGAUCAACAUCAAGAUCUCGGGAGUGCAGGUCAACGCCAAGUCUAUCAUCCAGCACGAGGAGGAGUUUGAGCCACUGCACAAAGCUAUACCGGCCAAUCCCGCCGAGAGGAGCAAGUUCCAGUUAACCUGCAGAGUGAAAGUGGCUCAUUUCGACGUGGACUGGGAGGUACAAGACGACACGCAGCUCCUGCUGGGCAUCUACGAACACGGCUACGGCAACUGGGACCUGAUCAAGACCGACCCUGACAUAAAACUUGCCGACAAGAUCCUCCCUGAUGACCCGAACAAGAAGCCCCAGGGGAAGCAGCUCCAGGCCAGGGCAGACUACCUCCUCAAGCUGCUGAAGAAGGAGGCGGACACUAAGGAUCAGUCUAAAUCAGGAGAGGAGACCAAAGCGAAGAAAAGAAAGCCCAGAGUGAAGAAGGAGAACAAGGCUCCUAAAGAUGAGCAGGGCAAUGACAUAUCUUCCCCCUGUCUGUCAGACAACCCCUCAGAGGAAGGGGAGGUGAAGGAUGACGGAGCAGAGAAAUCUCCAUCAAAGAAGAGACAGAAGAAGAAGGAUAACAAAGAGAACAAAGAAAAACAGGGAACUUCUAAAAAAGAGAAAGAAGGGGACAAAGACAAAAAGCGUCCCAAGGGCAAAAAAGAUAAGGCUAAAGGAGCCAAAGGGAAGAAACCCCAGGGGCCAGUGCACAUCACUGCUGGGAACGACCCCAUUCCUAUCGGAGAGGAGGACGAGGAGCUGGACCAGGAGACCUUCAGCAUAUGUAAGGAGCGCAUGAGGCCAGUGAAGAAGGCCCUAAAGCAGCUUGAUAAGCCUGACGAGGGCCUGUCUGUCCAGGAGCAGCUCCAGCACACAGGAACGUGCCUGCUGAAGAUAGGAGACCGCAUCACCGAGUGCCUCAAGUCCUACAGCGACCCGGAGGACGUCAAAACCUGGCGUCGGAACCUCUGGAUCUUUGUGUCCAAGUUCACGGAGUUUGGUGCGAGGAAACUUCACAAACUUUACAAAAUGGCUUUGAAGAAGCGUUCACACGAGGAAGACAAGGACCAGAGGAAGAAGGAUGACCCCUCGGGUAGGAAGAAGCCCAUCAGGUCCGAGACCUCUGGCUCCAGUCGAGAAUCUACGGGCACCCAGCCGUCCUCCAAGUCUCACCCAAGCAUGGCUCACUCUUCUGGGCCAGGCCCGCACGGACAUCACAGAGAACCAUACAGCCAGGCCAGCAAGAGACACUUUGGAAAUGACGAUAGAGGAGACUGGCAGAGAGAACGUAAAUACAGUUAUCCUGGAAACAGCAACCAGUCCUGGCAAGGGGAUCGGCAUCACCCGUAUGACCAGCCACGAUACAAGGACCAUCACUAUGGCGACCGUCGUCCCCAUGGAGACUCCUAUCGCAGCUCUGGCGGUUACCGUAGCAGCAGCUCCCCCCGGAAGAGGCCGUACGACCAGUAUGACAAUGACCGAGAUCACAGAGGUCAUCGCACCUAUUACGACAGGCACCCGGACCCCAAAAGGAGACGCUCGGACGAGUUCCGUCCUAACUACCACCAGGGGAGCGGAGGAGGUCAUGCCCAGGAAUUCAGGAGGAUGCCCGAGCACAGGCCCGGCCAGGCCCCAGCGGGGACCGAGCACUACCGGCCCUUACACCCAGACAAACCCCCUCCGUUGUUGGACCCACGCUCCCCACAGGCCCACAAGUCCCCCCAGGACUCCCACUCGCCACUCGAGCGGCCUGCGGAGCAGAAGGGGGACGGGCCAGAUGGGACCUGGAACAACAGGAAGUUGUGAAGCCCCUUGCCGCAAACGGAGGGGCUGGACUUGAGGGGCUCGUAUCGGGAAAGAACGAAGAAGGGGGCGAAAACGCAUGCUGCUGAUGGACAGGCCUGACGGGAUCGAUUGUGCCCUCACUGUUCGGAAGGGAGAUGACACCAACUCUGAAAACCAGCAAACCCCCCCCCUCCUUCCCCAAUGUGUGAUUGUGAUGAUAUACUAUGCUUGUGCCCCCACAAGUGAGGAAACGAAUAUGUGAAAGAUACGCUUUAUGACAUUGUUUGGUUGUUUUUGUUCUGUAUUGGAUGGUCCGGGUAAUGCUUAAGGAUUGGUCCCAUGGACUGUUAAUUAUGAAAAUGUUUUGAUGCCUGAAAAAUGAAUGAUGACUGAUCUUGAAACUCUUAAAAAGUGCCUCAAGUAUUUGGCCUUUUGAAUGGUAUAGAUGGGAUUAUUCUCAAAGGAACAACGCCUUUUUGUUUAACUAUAUGACUUUUAAACAGGUGUGAUUGGAAGAUAUUCUGAAUUGGAUUAUGUGAAUCACACCAUCACCUGUUAAUUCAUCUUCAUCUUGUCCAGGUUGUUUAGAACUAUCAUAUUUCAAUAUAUACUUUUCCAUGGUAUCGAAAUGGUGUUGCAUCCUCUUUUAAAAAUCAUCAAGGAAUAAUAGGUAAUCACGGCUAUUUAGUCGUCAAGUACUAUUCAAAUUGUUUUAGGACAUUUUGUAUUUCUCAAUGUAUACAUCAUUGCAAUCUUAACACUUAGUCAACAGUGACCAAAGUAUUUGCUGAUAGGUUACGAACCUAAUGGGAAAAUCACCAGUAUUGGGGAUAUUGAAUUUCAUGUGCAAAGGUCUAUAACACUAUAAUUUUGUCAACAAUGUCCAUUCAAGCUUUAUUUUGUAGGUGUGAGAGGAAAGCCAUUUCUGUCACCUUUCUUGAAUCUGUAUGUCUGUAUGAAUGGUACUUCAGCUUCAUGUUAUUCUCAGCACUGCACUACUGGUUGGCUCCACCUAUAAAGUAUUUAAAAUGUCUGAUAGUCUCAUUCACACAUUCUUUUUGGGUUGAAUACAUUUUGAUGAACAGGGAUAGUAAUAUUAGAAAUCAGUAGAUUGUUCGAGGAAGAAUGGAGUGGACGCGCAUGCCUGGUAAUUGGCUAUCAAUGGUCUUUUCGUUCCAGUGCCAAACCAAAGACUGGCCCUAGCUCCAGUCCGUGAUCUUCUUUGUUUUUCUGUGUGCUUCUCCAUCUGUGCCUUAUUUCCGUGUAUAUAUUGCUUCUGUAAAUGGGUUUUUGGACAUCACUGUCGUCACAUACACACAUAAAUGAUUGCAGUAUUCCGCACUCCCUUCUAUUGAGAUUUUUUUUUCAACAGUUGAGUGAUGCUUUUUGGAUUGGGUGCUGGUGUUGGGAACAAAAUGAUUGAGUUUGUCAUGGGCUUUUGCUGCAUCCCUUUGAGAAUUUUGGGGGAAUGGCAAACAUGAUUACACAGGAAUCUGUGUAUAAUGGCCUUUCUUGAGAAAUGGAGAACUCUGUUACAGUAACAAGCCAACACCACCCUUUUCCAUGUUGUUCUACAGCUCCUAGAUUGUAUGUUCUUGAAAACAUGCCUGAAUUAUUUAUAUUUGUGACAUAGCCACUCAUGUGACUGUAAAUAUGUUUAUAAGGCAUAAAUGUAAUAAACUUUCCUACAUUAUGAAA